ACAACACGGCCAGCAGACGACACCGCCAGACAACACCGCCAGCAGACAACAGCCAGCAGACAACACCGCCAGCAGACAACACCGCCAGCAGGCCAGCAGACAACACGGCCAGCAGACAGACAACACGGCCAGCAGACAACACGGCCAGCAGACAACACGGCCAGCAGACAACACGGCCCGACAACAGCAGACACACCGCCAGCAGACAACACCGCCAGCAGACAACACCGCCAGCAGACAACACCGCCAGCAGACAACACCGCCAGCAGACAACACGGCCAGCAGACAACACGGCCAGCAGACAACACGGCCAGCAGACAACACGGCCAGCAGACGACACGGCCAGCAGACGACACGGCCAGCAGACAACACGGCCAGCAGACGACACGGCCAGCAGACAACACCGCCAGCAGACAACACCGCCAGCAGACAACACCGCCAGCAGACAACACCGCCAGCAGACAACACCGCCAGCAGACAACACCGCCAGCAGACAACACCGCCAGCAGACGACACCGCCAGCAGACGACACCGCCAGCAGACGACACCGCCAGCAGACAACACGGCCAGCAGACAACACCGCCAGCAGACAACACCGCCAGCAGACAACACCGCCAGCAGACAACACCGCCAGCAGACAACAUCGCCAGCAGACACCGCCAUCAGACAACAUCGCCAGCAGACAACACCGCCAGCAGACAACACCGCCAGCAGACAACACGCCCAGCAGACAACACGGCCAGCAGACACCACCGCCAGCAGACACACAGCCAGCAGACAACACCGCCAGCAGACAACACCGCCAGCAGACAACACCGCCAGCAGACAACACCGCCAGCAGACAACACCGCCAGCAGACAACACCGCCAGCAGACAACACCGCCAGCAGACGACACAGCGAGCGAUGAAAGUGAAACUGUAUGAACACAG